AUGUCAUUAUUUUUAUUUCUUUCCCAAACGUCAUUAUCUAUCUAUCUAUCUAUCUAUCUAUCUAUCUAUCUAUCUAUCUAUCUAUCUAUCUAUCUAUCUAUCUAUCUAUCCUUUCUUUCUUUCUUUCUUUCUUUUUCUUUCUUUUCUUUCUUUCUUUCUUUCUUUACAUUAUUUUUAGGAACGAAACUCAAAUCAUAUAUCAUUAUCUAUGUAUCUAUCUAUCUAUCUAUCUAUCUAUCUAUCUCUGUUUCUAACGUCUUUUUUCUAUGUACAUAUCUAUCUAUUUUCUAUCUUUAUUUCUUUCCCAUCGUCAUUAUCUAUCUCAUAAGAUCUAUCUGUUUCUAUGAUCUAUUCUUUUCUUUCUUUCUUUCUUUUUUUUAUUUCUUUCCAAACGUCAUUAAGAAAUCUAUCUAUCUAUCUAUCUAUCUAUCUAUCUAUCUAUCUAUCUAUCUAAGAAAUCUAUCUUUUCUUUCUUUCUUUUUUUCUUUCUUUCUUUCUUUUUUUCUAGCUAGCUAUUUAGUGCUAUUUCUUUUUUUUUUCUCAAACAAAUUUUUAUUUCUUUCCCAAACGUCAUUAAAUCUAUCUAUCUAUCUAUUUCUAUCUAUCUAUCUAUCUAUCUAUCUAUCUAUCUAUCUAUCUAUCUAUCUAUCCUUUCUUUCUUUCUUUUCUUUCUUUCUUUAUUUUAUUUCUUUUCCCAAACGUCAUUAUCUAUCUAUCUAUUUCUAUCUAUCUAUCUAUCUAUCUAUCUAUCUAUCUAUCUAUCUAUCUAUCUAUCUAUCUAUCCUUUCUUUCUUUCUUUCUUUCUUUCUAGCUAGCUAG